GUCAACAAACCGAACACGCUCCUUGCGCCGGAUCAAUAGUAUUAAUAUUGCAGGCUACCCAGACUCACUUCCACGCAUCACGAAUAGUGCACAUGUUUUUGAGAUAGGUACCCGUCGGUGUGGGCUGAUCACCAGCAUAAAUUCUGGCAAUCAGCCUAGCUGGCGAAAGAGCAUCGUUGAUCCUGGUUCCUGACUGCUGUAAUUUGAUAAUACUCACUUUCUACACUCCAGCUUUUAAGCAGAAGACGCUUUAGGUCAACAAUGGAUUGAUUUGUACUUGAGCGUGGUUAAUUCAUCUGUGGAAAAUCAACAUACAGGAGAGUUUCUUCAGUACAGUUUUCAGAAUCAAGAGCACUGCAGGUACAUGUACAUGUAUCGGUAGCCAGUGUAUUUUGCCAGUGUAUUCCGAAAAUGGCAGGCACGAGCACACCCCUCACCCAGCUUCAGAAGCUGGCUCGCCGUAGCACAGCCGUCAGUGUUCGCAACGUGAGCAGGGCCUGUGCGAGCCAAAACAGAAACUCGAAAACAGACCAGCCCAAGGAUUUCAUUCGGCCCAACAAACUGGCCUAUUCGGGUAUGCGGUCGUCAUCCGUGGUCCACGAUUACAGCCUGGCAAAAGAGAAGUCGCGACCGGUGGUGUCAUUCUACAACCAGACUGCAAUAGAUGCUGCGGCCACAAAGCCAUCUGUUCGCCUUACGCCAGCAACACUGCUCUACACAGGCAAAUCACCUGAUGGCAAUCACCUUCUGCGAAGUGCCCAGUACCUGCACAAGGAGUUGCCCGUGCGAGUUGCCCACCGCAUCGCCGAGUUCCGAGGCCUUCCUUUCAUUGUGGGCUGCAAUCCGACAAUCCUCCAGGUGCAUGAGCUCUAUAUCCGAGCAUUCCACAUGUUGUCGGAGUUCCCCCAGGUCACUGACCGUGACACAGAGCUUCGGUAUUGCCGAUUGGUGAAGGGGCUUCUUGAUGACCACAAAGACAUUGUCACCCACCUAGCAGAGGGCUUCAGGGAAUCCAAGAAACACAUCAAGGACGAAAACUUGAUCCACCACUUCCUGAACCGGACUCUGACCUCCCGCCUGGGCAUCAGGAUGUUGGCGGAACACCACCUGAGCCUCCACCAGGACAUGAACGAUUUUAUUGGAAUCAUUUGCACCAAAAUGUCCCUGAGGAAGGUGAUUGAAAAGUGGGCAGAUUUUGCGAGAGAACAGUGUGAAAUGAGAUAUGGUUUUACCCCAAGAGUACGCAUCAACGGGCACACUGGGGCCACUUUCCCAUAUAUCCUACAGCCACUUGACUACAUGCUGCCAGAGUUGAUUAAGAAUGCACUCAGGGCAACUGUUGAGAGUCAUCUGGACACGCCGCACAACCUGCCCGAUGUGGUGAUCACCAUCGCAAACAGUGACAUGGAUUUUGUGAUCAGGAUAUCCGACCGAGGGGGCGGCAUCUCGCACAGUCACGUCAACAAGGUGUUCCUUUACCACUUUACCACUGCACAGGACAGUGUGGACCCGCGGGUGACAGGAGGCACCUUCGGCGCUCUGACGAAUACGAACAAUGGGCCCACCGCCGGGCCCUUCUGUGGGUUUGGUUUCGGCCUCCCUGUGUCCAAAGCCUAUGCGGAGUACUUGGGCGGGUCUCUGGUCUUGCAGACCAUGCAUGGCUAUGGAACCGACCUCUACCUGCGACUCAGACACAUCGACGGCCGGCACGAAAGUUUCCGCAUCUGAGAUACGGAGGCCGGUGUACAAGGAGCAGCCAGGCGGGGCUGCUGAAAAGAGUAUUAACCUUGAAACCUUCCAGUUCCUUCAAAAUCCAUUGAGCACUUUUUGUGGGAUUUUGCAGGAUUGAAGAACGCACAGACCAGAUGGUAUUACUGUCUGUCAAUUGGAUGUCAUACAGGGCUUGCGGUUCUCACACAUUGAGUGCGAGAAUCACACAUUUCAAGUUAUUCUUAUGCUCUUUGGCCCAUGUUAGAAUUAUCACGCUUUAACCUAUAUCACUUCUAUGUCCUCUCCCAACUAAGCAUUGAAAACAUGAUUUCUGGACCUGCAAGCAUUCUUUCUCUUGAAGAGCAAACAACUUGGAUCAACUGUCAUCAUAGCAGCAUUGUGUUUUGAGCAUUCAGGACUUAUACAUUAGUGACUGAAAUCGGCUUCCAGCACUACGUAUGGUUCCGCCUAUACUCUCACAUAAACGUUGGCAGCCCUGUAUGAAGAAAGAUGAAGUGCCAAGAAUAUGGCGUUGGGUUUUUUCACAAGGUGGAGGAAUAAUCCAUGUUUCUGCAUGGAUUAUUCCAGAUUCAUCCAAAAUUUAAUAAAAAAUAGCAUAUUUGCAAGCCAUUAUGUAACAGUGCCGUAAACCUGCCUAUGUAUGUAAUCUAUGUAAGUCUGUCUCAAGUCCAUUUUAAGUCAUCCAGUCUUCAACUAUGAGCUGUUCAAAUAAAAUGUGACAACAGCAGUCCUUUGUCACUGUCCACAAACCUAUGUAUGACUGGUCUUGCGAAGGCACUUGUGGGAUGACUUCUGCAGAUGGACUCGACUUCGAUACUGACACACAGCUUUGCAGAUUUCUUGAUGGCUUUUUCGUUUUUUGUUUUUUUUUUCAGAGCCUUCAGGAAUCCUCCAAAAGUUCCUUUAAAAACCAAUGGCACUUUCGCACCCUUAACAGUUGGACAAAAAAAUCCUCUGUGUUUUUAGCUCAGGGCUAACUUACAGCAUUACAUCUGAACCACAUUUGCAUUGAACUAAACAGUGUAAGACGUUACAAUUUGUUAACACUCGGUCGCGGUUAUUCUUCCAAUUGCACAUGGAUUACUUGCGACCCGCGGCAAGUCCCUUGGUCACUUCAAACAUCUGGUGGCAUGUCAUAUAUAAUCCGACACCAGAUGUGGCUUCAAGAAAGCAAGAAGCUUACUAAAAAUUUUCUUGUCAAGUCGUCCAUUGUGUGUUGCAUACGUAUACGUAUAAGUAUAGUACUGUGUGGGCACAUGCACGAGAAACAGCAGAGGCCAUAUGGGCAUGCCCUGACCCAUUCACAUGAUCAGAAUCUAAGUUUUAUGUUACAGUGGAGGUCCAUAUUAGACUCUUUAUAACAUAAAGCUGAUAGUGUCAUUCUUCCACAACCCAGUGGGGCCCUGUAAAUAUCUGCUGCAGAAGGUAAAAUUGAAGAUGACACUUGACAGAUUUGACAUUUCACCGAAUGCCUGCACUGGAUGUAGUAUUUUUAAAUGUGCAAAAGUCUCUUAAGUUUAACCAAGAAAGUCUAGUGCAAACAAAGCUUAAGCCUGUACAACUCUCCCCCCAAAAAUCUGAUAAACAAGGCAUGCAGUAUAUAGCCAGGAGAGUUUGCCUAUCUUAAGGAACAAAAAACAUACAAUUCAGUACAAUUUCAGGUGAAUAUGGAUCUUCUAAUUCUGCAUGUUAAUGUUACUGUAGGCAUUCUUCAAAUCGAAAUCAUUGAUUUUUUUGAAAAAUGACUGCAAGAAAUUAUUGGCAAUCAUCUCAUAUGUUGUAUCGUGUUACCCAUCCCCUCAACUGAAAGGGUUGAGGCAGUGAAUUUGUCGUAGACGCACAUUUCAUGUAACUUCGUUUAUUUUCUUCGAGUUUUUUAAGUUACUUGACGUCCUUUUUGAGGUUUGGUGUAUUGAAAAGUGUAUGUUUUGAAACAUCUGAAAGUGUCCGUGCUUUUUCUGACAACGGAGGGUAGUGUUGCUGUGAUAUCAUUCGGGGAAGACACUGGUCAGUGUAUAGGUUUUACUAUGUAAAAUUGCGAAUGCUAAUUUGCUAAUUUAAAACAUUUCAUGAGAGAGAGUUGCUCGCUGCCUUACUGCCAUCUACUUACUCAAGAACGCAUCACCAAAGAAAAAGAAAUUGCCAAAAAUUCUAGCGGAUUUUUGUGCACACUUCAAUGUUGCGUUGACGUUUUUCUCCCCAGAAAAGCAUCACAGUUUGGCCAGGAAAACGGAUACUGACAUAAGCAUGAAAAGCUAAAGUGCACCAAAAUAACUUUUAACGCAGCAAAACAAACAUUGCAGGUAAGAUUAAUUGAAAAGGACAAAGGUAUUAUUUUAAUGGUCAUGGUUAAAAAGCAGUUGCCCUGCAUGUACCCUUUAACCAGUGUGUGAGAGAGUGUCAGGUAUAUAUUGACACUUUGAAAUUGCUUAGCGACGCACAGUUUCCUGUACCAUGUUCUCCAGUUACAGUCAGUUUCUUAUCAUGUGACGUAUCAUGUGACACGACAUGUGACACAUCACAGGGUCAGUCAUGGAUCAUGUUGAUCCUUUUGUGUAGGGCAUUGGUUCUUAAGCUUGCAAACGUAUGAAACGAAAGAACAUGUUCUUUGUCAUUCAGUUCUUUCUAGUAAAAUUGUUGGACACAUUGUAAAUGUCUCAUGCAGUCACCAAUCUGAGGACAAACAGGUGAUUUCGUGAUUGUUUGGUUUGCCAAGUGAUAGUGACAUUUUAAAUGUUAAUUAAACACUUAAGUGGCAUUCAUACUUUUUGCCACUGUGAGUUAAAAUAUAUUUAGUUUUAGAUUUACAGGGAUAUCCACGGAGAAGAUUAUUCAAAUAUUAUUGGUAUGUAGGUCUGUCUGGGUAGUCAACAUUUUUGAUCGUAGAAAAUCGAUAUUCAACAAGGAUGAAGCUGCUUUUUGUGAAAUCCACUCUAAGCACAAUCACAUUGUUUUUUUUUAAGUGCAUAUGUAAUCAUUUACAAGAUUAUUACAUAUUCAAAAUAGUAGGCCUUAAAAUGUCGCGCAUUUCAAUAUAAAAGCAUGCCAAUAAAAAUGGACGUUGUUUCAUCGAAACUGAAAUAUAAAUGAAGAAAGAAUGAGACGUAAAGUGCCGCAUUUUUUCCGAAAGGGGGGAACAACUGACAAACUUGACUUCAGUAUUACUGCAGCCGUGAAAAGGGGAUCGUGUCGGUUUCAUACACUUGUAAAGUUAUUGGAUGAAGGGUAUCUUUGUGGCAUGUUCAGUUCAAGAGAUAAAAUAGUGUAUGGAAUAAUAGCAGUGUGUUUGAUGAGGACGCUGCGUGUUUUGUGUAGCUCAACAAACACUGGGGAAGUUCACGAAAUUGUUGCUUUCUGAAAAGGAUUCAUUCAUGAUUAAUCGGGACAAUAGUGGACAGUUGUGGAAUUCGGCUGUUUCUUAUACCAAAGAUUUAUACACCAAUGUGUGGAAGGCAUUCCUUUCCUCUUUUCUCUUGCGUGUUUUUUUCCUCAUUUUUCUGGUUAUGGGGAAUUAUGCCAACCACUUUAAGGAAAACUUGGGUUGUUUUAGGACGACGUUUGAAAACGACAAAUUCAGUUUACAGAAGCAAGUGUUAACGUAGCCGAGGAGGUUUUGCCGGUUUGAAUUUGAUUCACGAGUCAUAGGUAUUGCUCGUGGAGUAACUGUUCAGUUAUUCAAAUCGAUUUGGUGUCUGUUUGGAAACAUUGGUUUAUGCUCUCAUUUUCAGUCUUUGUUUUCUCAUUUGUUUUUCCUCCUUUUUAUUUACAAUUUAAUUUCUUGACAGAAUAAAAUUCGGUUCGACAUAAGAUUUGGGUUUUGUCUGUUGUAGCGUGGAGCAAAUAACUUCGAAAUUCAUUUCCUUUCUUUUGAUUUCGUUCAUAAAAAGUACAGUUCUUUUACUUCUAACAUCGGGCCUUGGAUUUUUCACGUUUUUAUUCAAAGGGCAUUCGCAGCAGGUACAUGUUAUAAUGUUACAAUGGUUAGUGGAUGUUAUUAAUUACAGCACGAUUUCGUGUUUAUCAGCUUGGAAAAUGAUUGAACAGUUAAUGUGGCCACUCCGUUGCUGAUUUUGGCGCCAACGUAUUAGAUUUCUCCUACCUACCUACCUUGUAGUUACAUGUUGUCAACAUUGGAAGUUACUGAAAUCGAAAUUAUCUACAUGAUUCAUAGAGAUUACGCAAAUAAAUGAACGUGUGCAUGUAUAUUCAUACGGAAUUACGACUGUCGA